AGGAACACACAUUCAGUCAAAAUGGCAGAAAAAGCAGAUAUCUUGAAAGGAUCGUCCUUUAUGGACCCUUUAAAGGGACUUUUACUGACAUAUUUCAUGCCAGAAUCAUGCUACGACGAGUUUUUUCUCAAUUUCAACUUCCUAGACGUGCCAUGCCUGAAGAUUGUGCUGAGUAAAGGUCUGGGGAUUGGCAUCAUCCUGGGAUCAGUCAUGGUGAAGUUACCUCAGAUCAUAAAGUUGAUGGGAGCAAAGAGUGCCGAGGGACUGAGCUUUAAUUCUGUUCUUCUGGAGCUGUUGGCCAUCACUGGAACAAUGGCCUACAGUAUUGCCAACAAGUUCCCCUUCAGUGCCUGGGGAGAGGCACUGUUCCUCAUGUUGCAGACAGUUGCCAUUGCCUUCCUCAUUCAGCAUUAUGGAGGAAGAACCAGCAGAGGUCUGCUCUUUUUGGUUUUAUAUUUCAGCCUACUGGCCCUCCUCCUCUCUCCACUCACUCCCAUGGCAGUGGUCACCUUCAUGCAGGCGACCAACAUGCCAGCUAUCAUCAUUGGGAGGUUGAUCCAGGCAGCCACCAACUACCGUAAUGGGCACACUGGUCAGCUGUCUGCUGUCUCUGUCUUCUUGUUGUUUGCUGGUUCUCUCGCUCGCAUCUUCACCUCUUUACAGGAAACUGGGGACACACUGAUGGCCCUCACCUAUGUUAUCUCCUCUACCUGCAACAGCAUCAUCAUGCUACAGGUUCUGUUCUAUUGGAACUGCAGCCCAGAACACAAGAAGAAGAAGGAGUAGGCCAAUAUCAGCUGGGGAGCACAGAAAUGUACAUAUCUCUUCCAGACCUACUCCUAGAGAGGUCUUCAGAACAGAGACAAUGUAGGAAGCAAGAAAGAGCUGGUUUUCUGUGGUCCAUAUUCCUGUCCCCAUCCCUCACAUGGGGCAUUUUUUACAUUCCUGUUGAUGCACCUUUUCCUCAUCAUGAUCAAACUCUAAUAAAUAUGAAUUAUUAAAUGAAAA